GUUUUUUUCUUGUUGUGUGCCUACCAAAAAAUCCAAUCUUUUUAUUUGCGACAAGAAUCGUUAUCUUCUUUCCGCUUGUGUUUAUAUCUUAUACAUACUUAUACAUAUUACUAUUAUUUACCAUGUUACCUCGUAUCAUCUUUAUAUUUGCAUAGAAGUUGGACAUCAACACCUCAACCACAAUGGCAUCUUAUUGUCUCCGUAGGAAUAAUCAUUGUUUCGACCUUGCUGAACAUUUUGAGAAAAUGUUCAAGGAUGAAAGCAUGGUUGAUGUGACUUUAUCCUGUGGUGAUGGGAUUAUCAAGGCCCAUAAGAUGAUCCUCUCAGUUUGUUCAUCGUACUUCAAAAACAUCUUUGUCAAAUUUAAUAACCCUUAUCAAUAUCCUAUUGUAAUUAUUAAGGAUAUGCCCUUUGAAGAUCUGAGAGCAAUUAUUGAAUUUAUUUAUCGAGGUGAAGUUACUGUUGCCCACAAUAAUUUGAAAUCAGUGCUGCGAAGUGCAGAGGCUCUCAAAGUGAAAGGUUUAAGUGAUGCUCGUCGGCAAAUGGAAGGUGAUGAGUCAAUGAGAAGAAAGAAAAGAAAACGGAGACGAAAAUCUCGAAAGAUGGGUCAUGGUGAUUCCAGUAAAACAGGAGAAAUGGACGAUGAAAAUGGUGAACGUAAUACAGGUUCAACUGAUCGAUCGGGAGCCGAUAAGGGUAAAGAUGAAAAUACCACGGAAGAUGAUGAUGCUACCGAUUAUUCAGAGGAAGACGAUGACGAUGAUGAAACAGAGAAAGAAGAUGAUAAUACUACAACAAGUAUAAUAAUCACCGAAAGGGAAUCUACUAAUGCAGAAGGCGAAAUUGAACCAGCUCGUCUUUUAGAACAGUCAAUGAUCACUGGUGAUCAGGAUAGAGCCAAUAGUGAGGCGUCUAGAUUUCAGGCUCCAAUGAUGCCACACCAUAGACAAACACACCAACAACAGCAACAACUUUCAUCGAGUAUAAAUCAAGCUAUGAGAGGUCACUUUGGUGAAAGUAGUGGCCUAUUAGCAGCAAUGAACGUAUCUCAUUCAGCAUCCUUGCCAAACAGUCAAUCGCAAUUAAAUUCAUCCCAUAGCCAUGUUCCUGGUAUACCGGGUAUGCCUUCCUAUGAAGCCAGUUCCCUAUCGAUACCUGGUCCAAGUACCAUUUCACCAAUUACACCUCGUCCUAUUCAUCAUGGUCAAGAGCAUAACUCUGGUUCAUCACAUUCGUCUCAUCCCUCUCAUCCUAAUCAAGUGCCACAAAAUUUACAAUCGGCGCAACUAUUACCUCCAAUACAGAUGCAUCCGUCACUUGGUUGCCAUUCGUUUUCACCUUUAUCUGUCGACUCGUUGACUGGUAAAAGGCACUAUCAAUGUCCUGAGUGUUUCAAAACUUUCACCGAAAAGGGGAACAUGAAAAGGCACACGCAAAUACAUUCACAAAACCGAAAUAGAUUCAUGUGUGACCUGUGUUCCAAGUGUUUCGCUUGGAAGGAUAAUUUUAAUCGUCAUCGACGCAUUGCCCAUAGUGAACUUAACUUUGGAAUUACAAAUAACCAUACAAAAACAAAAGCAAAAAGCUUGUCGCAAUAAGUUAACUUUUCAGGAUCUUUUGUUAUUUAUGAUCAACUUUCUCUCACUUACACUCAUUUCCACCACUCACUCUCACUUUACUCACUUUCUCUCUUCAUCAUCAUCGUCAUCUCUUUCUUUUUCUUCAUCAUCUCUUACUUUUCUCUCUCUCUCUCUCUCUCUCGUUCACUUAUUUUUUGUUUGAUACCAACGUUGAUCUUUUUUCUCCUUUUUUCCCUCUCCCACUUUCUCUCUUCUCUUUCUUCUGUGUUCACUUUCUUUCUCCCUUCCUCUAUCCCUCUCUUUCUUUAUUUUUCUUUAUUUCUUAUUCCUUUUUCUUGCUUUCUUCCUAUUUCUCUAUCCAUCUUAUAUUAGAUGAUAUCCGAUAUAACAAGAACUAAAACAACAAACAUAUGAACCCAGUCACAUUUUUCAUUAAUCUCAUACUUCUCCUCCCACUUUCUCUCCUUUAGAACUUUCUUUCUUUUCUGUCUAUCGCUGUUUCGCUCAGUUCUUUUUGUUUUUUCAUUCUCUUGCUCUCAUUUACCUUUUUCAUUUCAAUAUUUCUCAUAGAUAUUCGUUUGAAAUCAUAAAUUCUCUCUUUCUUUCUCUUUCUCUCUAUUCUCAAGAAAAGAAAGUAAACAAAACAAUGUUUUUGGUCUCUUUCUUUUCUCAUUACUUUUUUCUUCAUCAAUCCCUCUAUUGAUUCGGUUUGAUCUUGAUCGUGACACUCACAACACUUACACACACACACACACAUGUUAUGUCUUCUUCUUCUUUCCUCCAAUCUUUAUCAUCAUAUCACACAAACAGUGACCAUCAUACGUAGAAAUAAGAAACGUAACAACAUUAAUAACACCAACAUGCAACAUGGACGAUGAAUGAGUGACACAGAGAUACACAUACACAUACACACACACACACAAACAAGUUAUCAUCUCUCAUCAUCACCCGAGUCAGUUUUGUACAAAACAAAAAUUCAGUUAACUCUUGAAUUUCAAAUCAAGAUAGUGACAAAAAAACAAAAACUGAUCACAAAAAUGAUUAAAUAUUAUAAAUAUAUACAUACAUUAUGAUCCAUAACUUACAACAAACAAAAAAUCAAGUAAACAAAUCAACAAAAAAUCCCAUUACAACAUAAAAUUACAACACUUUACAAGAAAAAAACCUUCACAUUACACACAACAUGAAUUCACAUAAACUUACAUCACCAUCAACCACCACCUCUCCUCCUCCUCCACCACCACCACCACCACAAUAAAGUAACAUGAUGACAUACAAUUUCUGAUUAAUAAUCAAACACGUUGAGAAACUAAAAAACAUCUCCUACAAUUAAACUGAAAUCUUUUUCUCCACUUAACAUAUUAACAUAUGUUAACACUUUCUCUCUAUUGUCUUUGCCACCCACUUUUCUCCCUCUUUGUUGCUCUUUCUUUAUAAGUUGAAAAAAGAAUCAAUCUCCUCAUCUCUCUCCCUCUUUCCACCCACUUCUUACCUUGUCUCUCUCUCUCUUCUCAUUCCCUUUGAAAUCAAUGUAAUGACUCGUCAAUGCACGUUUUUUAUGCAAUUACAAGCGGUUGAGAAGCUACACCAACAGCAACAACAAACAACCUAAACACAAACUCGAAAACAAAACAAUUAAAUUAAAAAGCUCGUUUAAAAUGA